AGUGACAGGCCCAGUUGUCAGAGUCAGGAUCUGUAGCACUGCUGUCAGGUCAGUGUGCUGCUGGAGGGAGAUGAGAAUGGGAGGGCAGAUGAGGAAGUGGUAGUGGACCAAGGAGGAACCAGCUCAGUCCUCAACAUCCACUAUGAGAAGGAGGAGCUAGAGGGCCACAGGACUCUGUUUUUGGGGGUGAGUAUGCCCAUGGGUAGACAGAGCCACCGCCACCACCGCCCCCACGGCUCACGCCACCGCAAGAAGGACAGGAGGGCAGGGAACGCUACGCAGCAGGACGAGGAGGGAGAGGGGGCCUCAGCCUCUCAUGACACUCCGUCCCAGCGUGUCCAGUUCAUUCUGGGGACAGAGGAGGAUUCUGAACAUGUGGCCCACGAGCUCUUCACUGAGCUGGAUGAGAUCUGUGUCAAAGAGGGCAAGGACGCAGAGUGGAAAGAAACUGCCAGGUGGUUGAAGUUUGAGGAGGACGUGGAGGAUGGAGGAGAGAGGUGGAGUAAGCCCUAUGUGGCCACGCUGUCCCUCCACAGCCUGUUUGAGCUGCGUAGCUGCCUCAUCAACGGCAGUGUGCUGCUGGACAUGCAGGCCAACACCAUCGAGGAGAUCGCAGAUAUGGUGUUGGACCAGCAAGAGGCGUCCCAUGAGCUGGACGACAGUGUGAGGCUGAAGGUAAGGGAGGCCCUGCUGAAGAGACACCACCACCAGAACGAGAAGAAGAGGUCAGGCCAUCACCAGCUCAUCCCUGACAUGGUGCGCUCAUUUGCCGAUGCCGGACGCAAGCACUCUGAACCCCACAUGGACAAGAGCGAGGUAAAAAACGGAGCCAACCACGACAACAGCCAAGUGGACCUUAGCAAGGUGGACAUGCACUUCAUGAAGAAGAUUCCUACAGGAGCCGAGGCCUCUAACGUCCUGGUGGGAGAGCUGGACUUCCUGGAGAGACCUGUGGUGGCCUUCGUACGCCUCUCCCCUGCCGUACUGCUCACUGGCCUCACUGAGGUCCCCAUACCCACCAGGUUCAUGUUCAUCCUCCUGGGCCCAGACGGAAAGGCUCAGCAGUACCACGAGAUUGGCCGCUCCAUGGCAACCAUCAUGACUGACGAGAUUUUCCAUGAUGUGGCAUAUAAAGCUAAGGACCGCAGUGACCUGCUGGCUGGUAUAGAUGAGUUUCUGGAUCAGGUAACCGUUCUUCCCCCCGGGGAGUGGGACCCUUCCAUCCGCAUCGAGCCCCCCAAGAGUGUCCCCUCUCAGGAGAAGCGGAAAAUUCCGGGGAUGCCCAACGGUACGACCUGCCCUGUGGAAGAGGAGUUUCACGCAGAACAUCAUGGUCCUGAGCUCCAGAGAACAGGAAGAUUGUUUGGAGGUCUGAUCCUGGACAUUAAGCGGAAGGCUCCAUUCUAUCUGAGUGACUACAAAGAUGGGUUGAGUCUUCAGUGUGUUGCCUCCUUCCUCUUCCUCUACUGCGCCUGCAUGUCCCCAGUCAUCACCUUCGGAGGCCUGCUGGGGGAGGCUACGGAGGGACGCAUUAGUGCCAUUGAGUCUCUGCUGGGAGCAUCCAUGACAGGAGUGGCCUACUCUCUGUUUGCUGGUCAGCCUCUCACCAUCCUGGGUAGCACAGGCCCUGUCCUCGUCUUUGAGAAGAUCCUCUUCAAGUUCUGCAAGGACUAUGACCUGUCCUACCUGUCUCUGAGGACCUGUAUCGGCCUGUGGACGGCCUUCCUGUGUCUCGUCCUGGUGGCCACAGAUGCCAGCUCCCUGGUCUGCUACAUCACCCGCUUCACAGAAGAAGCCUUUGCUUCCCUUAUCUGCAUCAUCUUCAUUUACGAGGCUCUGGAGAAGCUCAUCCACCUGGGGGAACACUACCCCAUCAACACCCACAGCGACCUGGACAAGCUCACACUGGCAUACUGUCGGUGUGCAGAGCCUGAUAACCUCAGUAAUACAACCCUGGAGCUAUGGAGUCAGAAAAACAUCACUGCUUCUGCUGUGCCUUGGGCCAACCUUACUGUCAAGGAGUGCAUAGGUCUGCAGGGCCACUUUGUGGGUACAGCUUGUGGACACCAUGGCCCCUACACCCCUGACGUACUCUUCUGGUCGGCCAUCCUCUUCUUCGCCACUGUCUUCAUGUCAGCGUUCCUCAAAGAGUGUAAGACCAGCCGCUAUUUCCCCACCAGGGUGCGGUCCAUGAUCAGUGACUUUGCGGUCUUUAUCACCAUUGUAUUUAUGGUCAUGCUUGACUUCCUGAUUGGAAUCCCCUCGCAGAAGCUGCAGGUGCCCAGCAACUUUAAGCCCACCCGAGAUGACCGUGGUUGGUUGAUCAACCCGAUAGGUCGAAACCCUUGGUGGACGGUCUUGGCUGCCUCCAUCCCUGCUCUGCUCUGCACCAUCCUCAUCUUCAUGGACCAACAGAUCACCGCUGUCAUCAUCAACCGCAAGGAGCAUAAACUACUGAAGGGCUGUGGCUAUCACCUGGACCUGCUGAUGGUGGGGGUGAUGCUGGCUGUGUGCUCCAUUAUGGGCCUGCCCUGGUUUGUGGCAGCCACCGUGCUCUCCAUCUCCCACGUCAACAGCCUGAAACUGGAGUCAGAGAGCUCGGCCCCCGGUGAACAGCCCCGCUUCCUGGGCAUCAGAGAGCAGAGGCUCACAGGCCUGGUCAUCUUCCUACUGAUGGGCCUCUCUGUCUUCAUGACUGGGGCUCUGCAGUUCAUUCCCAUGCCUGUCCUGUAUGGAGUAUUUCUCUACAUGGGAGCCUCGUCUUUGAGGGGGAUACAGUUUUUUGACCGUCUAAAGUUGUUUGGUAUGCCAGCUAAGCACCAGCCAGACUUUAUCUACCUGAGACACGUUCCCCUGAGGAAGGUGCACCUGUUCACCAUCACCCAGCUCACCUGCCUGGCCCUGCUCUGGAUCAUUAAAACCUCCAAGGCUGCCAUUGUCUUCCCCAUGAUGGUUCUGGCUCUAGUGUUCAUCCGUAAGUUGUUGGACCUUUGCUUCACUAAGAGGGAGCUGAGUUACCUGGACGACAUAAUGCCUGAGAGCAAGAAGAAACAACUGCAUGACGCCUCCAAGAAUGUUGACAUUGAGGAUGAGGAGAUUCUGGGUACAGCAGUAGAGGAUAAGACCUCUGUCCAUAUCGCCAUGGAGAGCAGCAAGCUCCUGCAGUUCCCCAAAACACACGACCUCAGGUGUGACCCCUCUGACAUUAACAUAUCUGAUGAGAUGUCUAAAACCACCGUGUGGAAAUCCCUCAACGCCAACCAAAAGGACAGUCGCAUGGGGGCUGCUAAGAAGUUGACCUCUUUGGAAUUGGGAACUCUUGUCAGGCAGUAUGGGUAG